CCAGAAGAGUCGUCGAUGAGACAGAGUCGUUAGCCAAAACGCCAGACAUCAACGCAACCGCUACACUUAGCCACAGUAUCGCGGACGGACGACGAUGAGAAGAUAUCGCAGGCACAAAUAUCUAAAAAUUUUCACAACUUCAAUUGGAUAAAAUCUCAACCAAAAUACGGGCACAAUUAUACUUUUGUCUAAAAACAAAAAAAUUUUCAAAUUUUGCAGUACAAAAUAGGAAAUUUUCAAAAUUCUACAGCGCAAAAUACACAAUCUACAACAAAAAGGCAUAAUUAACAAAAACUAAGGCAAACAACAAUUCGGCCGCAGCAAAAACGCAAUUUCAACACGCAACGAGGGAAAUGUGCGCAAUUUCCGUGUUUGAGAAAACAAAUUGAUUUCGAAAAGUUUGCAUUUAAAUGAAAAAAUUCGGAAAAUUUAUGUAACUUUCGGUUACCGUUAUAAGCGUUUUGCAACAACCGUUAGCCGCAACGCAAAACAACAGUGUCCGCGUAUACUCAACUCAACUCAAAACAAAACAAUUUGCAAAAUUUAUUUUUCGAAAACAACAACAACAUCAUCAUUGCAGCAGUAAACGAGUAAUUAAGUAAACAAAUUAAAUUUGCAGUUCGCAGUCUACAUAGUACAGCAGCAACAACAACAGCGUUGUGCAUAAUUACUAAACUAAUUUUAAUGAAAAAAAUUCCAAAAAAAUUAUUGCCACAACAAAUAAUUUACCACACUGAAUAAGUAAAAUAAGUUUUCAAACUACCUACGCCUUAGUGUCUACGUUUUUAUGUUAGUUUUUCAACUUAAGCUUGCAUAAUUUUUAAACUUUUUUACGCUUUUUUCUAAUAACACAUACUUGUUUUAAGCUAAUUUUUUUAUUAUUUAAUUAUAAAAACUUUAUAUAUUUAAUAAAAAUAAGAACUGAAACAUUUCAAACUACGAGUGCGCAAGUAAAACUGUUCAAAGACUGUUUCGUGUAUGCAGAGAAUGUAAUGAGUGCUUGAUAGCACAAUAUUUGUGAAAAGUACACUGUGAAAAAGACUUAACAAUUACAAUAAAUUUAAAACAAAUGUUAAAAAAUACUUAAUCAUUAAUUUUAAGCGCUAAAAGACGCUUUUAGUGACAAAUAAAGCAUUAAAAAUAUUUUCAAAAACAAAAAAAUAUUCUUUUUUGUAUUUUUUGCUUCGGCAAAUUUUUACUCUCUGUGCCCCCAAGUGCGUGUAAUGAUUGUUUAAAAAAUGCAGCAUUAUGACGCGGCGUGCGCAAAUUACCUAAUUGAUUAUAUGAAAACAUUGGCGAAAAGUGUGGAAAAUAAUACUUGAAGAUCGUGAGCGACUCAAGCAAAAGGCAUAAACACAAAUACAAGUGUGAAAUAUACUAGUAAGAGUCAAGUAACAAAAAAAAAAUACAAAAAACUGCAAUAAAGUGAGUGAGAACAACAAGUGACAAUCGCAGGAUAAUAAAAACAAAAACAAGUAAUUGAAAAACAAAAUUAAUUAAAAAUAAUUAAUUUAAAAAUUAAAUAAUUAAAAUAAAUAAUUAAAAAAUUAAUAUUUAAAAAAAUAAUUAAAAAGUAAUUAAUGAAACAAUUAAAAAAAAAAACAAAUAUAAUAAUUAUAAUUAAUUAAUUAAUUAAUUAAUUAAAACAUAAUCAACAAAAAUUAAAAGAAAAAAUAUAAAAACAGAAAGAGUGACACUCAUCACAAAUAUAUAAUUAUUUAUAAAACAACAACAAACACAAAUCUACAACAAAAAAGCAAUAAACUUGGCAAUUCACAACCCAUUUUACUUACCAUAGACGUAGAAACGCCGGAUUAGCUGUACAUUUGUGGAGAAACGCUUGCAACGGCAACGCAAAGGUUGUGAAAACUUGGAACAAAGAAAUCUGAUUGUUUUACUACAUAUGAUAACACCGCUGUUAUAAAUACAAAGCGCAUGCAAAUUUGCUAUAAAAACAACAAAUACUACAAAAACAAAGCAUACAAUUUCGCAAAAAAACCUAAAAAUAAAACAGUUAAAUUUUUUUUGAAAAAUAGAACAAAACAGAAAUUUACACUGAGCAAAUAGUGAGUGAAAUAUAAAAAGUGCAAAGUGAUGCUAUAAAAAACAGCUGAUUUUUGCUAUAAAAAUUAAUUAUUGUGUGCCUAAACUUAGAUAAAAGCGAAAAAGAUAACGCUCACCCCACUGUGAACUUCGUACUGACUGCUACAACAACUCAAUACGCUUACGACGCAUUUGGAAUUUCUGCUAUAAAUUUCAAAAAUUAAUGAAAGCAAUUAACUUGCAACAAAAACGAAGUUAAACCAUAGCAGGAAGAGGAGUCCCACUUGGAGAGAGCAGCCGCUGUCAAGUUGCUUGGUGCUGUCGUCACACGUGGCUAAUACAGUAACUUUCUAAGCUACUAAGUAUAGUGAAGCAGAAAAGGCGGUAAAAAGUGCAAAAAAUAAAAAAAAUAAUAAAUGAGAGUACAACGCACUUAGAACUCGCGGAGCAAGUAUUGGGAUCACCAUAACAGCAACAAUUUUAAUUACUUAGCAACAGCCGCUCGAGAUAGUUUGAAGACAGCUUUUGCAAAACGCAAAGCUCCCCAAGCUCAUUCACUAUACACGCCCACUCUAACGUGUGCGCGCUCUCUCGCCAAUAUUUUAAGCGCUUACUGCAAUUUUGCAACAACAACGCGCCAAUAUAAUGAAAUAAAACUGCAUUGAGACUAGAUACAACGAGCGAUUUAGAAUCAUUCGGUCGUUGCAAGUUCGUGACUUAAGCUGCAUUGGAAUUGUGCCUGCAUUAGUGUUGGUGCCUUUGCGAGUACAGAUACGAGGAGAACACAUUGUAGCCGUACGUCAGUGUUUAAGGCACAAAAAGAACGACGACAACAACACCAACAGCAUAAUCGUAUUAAUCACAGCAGCGAUCGUAAGUGCAGGCUUUUUUGCUUUCGCCAACAACAACACUUGUGUGUAUCGGCGACAGCUUUGCCGACGGUUAAGCGCAUUCGUUGAUGUUCGUCGGCAUAAGAUCGGCACUGCUGCAGUAAUUACAUCGUUGCAUUCGAUUGCAUUUCGCAAACGUGUUGAGCACAGAUACGCUCUCACUACCACCAACAGCACCACCAUCACCACUACUAGUGCGUCCAUCGCGCCGAACUACGACGCUUUACAACGCAAACCGGCCCCAACAAGCCGGCGGCACAGCACUACAUAUUGAAUUUUGAUCAGUUCAUUGUUGAAACGCAUCAUACUUUGGCGCGCACGUUCUCUGACGCUGCGAAACGAAGCAAUUUUUUUCUUUGUUUGCACUGCACCCGAUUGCAACGAGCCGAGAAAGUGCAUCCGAUUCGUAGCUGUUGCUGUUGUUGCUCUCGCAUAGAGAUUUGAAUUCGACAACCGGUGUUGGUACGGCGACGAGCGACUCAGUCGGUUAGUGUGCAAAUAAGUAGUAUCCGGAGCAGGAAGGCAGCAAACUGACGACGGUCAGCGCAAACGAAUUGCAGUGAAUCAAAAUUUUAUUAGAAAAAUAUAAUUAGAGAAAAGCAAAUUGGCUAAAAUAACAUAAAAAUAAUCGACAUAAAUGUGGUGAAUGCAAAAAAGUCGUGUAAUCAAACAAAAAAGGACCGUUUUUAAGUGCAGCAGUAGAAGUAAAGUGGAAAAUCGGCAAAAUUGAAACGACAAAAAAAAAUUUGCAACGACGGCCAAGUGCAACGAGGUCCAUUCACUGCACACAGCAAAGUUCAGCGCUAGCAACAGCCAUAACCGCCAUACGAGCACGAGCAACUCGAGGAGAAGUAGCAGCAGCAGGAGCGCGGCAGUAGCUAAAGAGCACACUCACUGCAUUGGCAUUACUUGGUGAUCCGUGACGUGUACCCCCUCGUACAAGUUUAAUAGGUACGUCGUCGUCGUCGUUCCAGAUUCGCGUUUCGUUUCGUGUGAUCGCCGCGUGGCAACGUGCAGUUCGCGUCUGCAACCAACACGAUUAAGAGUCAAUGAAAUUGGCAAAUCGGCAAACUGUUCAGGAAAUCUGCAAGUGAACGGCAUAAGUGAAAAACGUGUUCAAAGUGCUACGAAAAAGUAUUGAACUUUCGUCAAAAAACAAAUCAAAAAAAUACGGUGUAUAAGAAAAAAAAUUAUAUUAAAGCUUAGAACCAAUAUUAAACUAAAAAGAAGUAAAUUUUAAACAAUUUCGUGCUGUUAAAAAUUAAACGAGCAAAGCAAACGCUACAGCACAGCAAGCAAGUCGUAUUGGUAAAAGAAGAAGAAGAAAAAACAGAAAAGCCCCAUCAACGUGUUCUCUUAGUGAAAUUUUAUACAUUUGUUUGAAUAUUUUUGUGUGCAUUGACCGUUUUGUUUUAGUUUUAUACUAUUUGUUGUUAAAUACUACCAAUACAUCACAUAAAUAUAUACUUAACUCUAAGCACAAGCUACUACAUUACAUAUUUACAUUGAUAUUAUAAAAAAGAACAUAAUAACAACAACAAACAAAACAUAAAAACAACGCAGUCCAAACUUCUUUUGGUGGUGUUUCUACGUGCCUCUACAUUACAUUAGCUUACUAGGAUCAGCAGUACAUAAGGAAUACAACAACAAGUCUGUCUACAUUUUCAAACGUACAUUAAGGAUAAAACAACACUAAACAAUUAAAAUGGCGGAAGGCAAUGGCGAACUGGUAGAUGACAUUAAUCAGAAAUCAGAAGAUCGCGGCGAUGGUGAAAGAACGGAAGAUUACCCAAAACUCUUGGAAUAUGGCUUAGAUAAAAAAGUUGCCGGCAAACUAGAUGAUAUUUACAAAACAGGUAAAUUAGCGCAUGUGGAAUUGGACGAACGCGCGCUAGAUGCGCUUAAAGAGUUUCCGGUUGAUGGUGCCUUGAAUGUAUUGAGUCAGUUCCUCGAAUCAAAUUUGGAACAUGUAUCGAAUAAGUCUGCGUAUUUAUGUGGUGUUAUGAAAACCUAUAGACAAAAAAGCCGCGCCAGCCAACAGGGAGUGCCAACGCCAGCGACCACAGUUCAAGUGAAGGGACCGGAUGAGGAGAAAAUCAAGAAAAUACUCGAAAGAACUGGCUAUUCCUUAGAUGUGACCACUGGUCAACGCAAAUAUGGCGGACCACCACCCAAUUGGGAUGGUCCAACACCAGGCAAUGGCUGCGAAGUUUUCUGUGGGAAAAUUCCAAAAGAUAUGUUUGAGGAUGAAAUUAUACCGUUAUUUGAGGAAUGCGGUACAAUAUGGGACCUUAGACUUAUGAUGGAUCCGAUGACGGGUACAAAUCGUGGAUAUGCAUUUGUUACCUUCACGACGCGUGAAGCGGCUUCAAAUGCCGUACGACAGCUAAAUGAUUUUGAAAUUCGGAAAGGCAAAAAGAUUGGUGUUACGAUAUCAUUUAACAAUCACCGACUUUUUGUCGGCAAUAUUCCUAAGAAUAGAGAUCGUGACGAAUUAAUUGAGGAAUUUACCAAACACGCACCUGGCCUUAUUGAAGUGAUCAUCUACAGUUCACCCGAUGAUAAGAAGAAAAAUCGCGGAUUCUGCUUCCUCGAAUAUGAGUCACACAAAGCCGCCUCGCUGGCAAAACGAAGACUUGGCACUGGCCGAAUCAAGGUUUGGGGAUGUGAUAUCAUUGUCGAUUGGGCUGAUCCGCAGGAGGAACCAGACGAGCAAACAAUGUCAAAGGUGAAGGUCUUGUACGUAAGGAAUCUAACGCAAGACGUUAGCGAGGAAAAACUAAAGGAGCAAUUUGAGCAAUAUGGUAAAGUUGAGCGCGUUAAGAAAAUCAAAGACUACGCUUUCGUGCAUUUCGAGGAUCGUGAUAGCGCCGUAAUUGCAAUGCGCGGCCUUAACGGCAAAGAGAUUGGCUCUUCUAAUAUUGAGGUCUCACUUGCCAAACCACCAUCGGACAAGAAGAAGAAGGAGGAAAUCCUACGUGCACGCGAACGUCGCAUGAUGCAAAUGAUGCAAGGACGUCCUGGUCUCGUUGGCUAUGAACAAUUAUCUCCAUACAGAAACCUAUCGCCCACACAUCCCAAUAUGAUGUCCUUAGCAGCGCCAAUGCGCUUGCCCGGUGGCCCACGAAUACCGCUGCGCGCACCAAUACCACGUGAUUACGAAGAAAAAGUUGAAAGAAGCACGAAAAGAAUACCACAGCAAAAUUUUUCCCAAUUUAUAGAUUAUGAUUACGACUUUUAUGGUUAUUCGGAUUAUCGUGGCGGCUACAAUGAAUCCUAUUAUGACGAUUUUUAUCGCAACUAUGAUGGAGAGUACUUCUUUGAUUAUCCACCGAGCGGUGUGACACCAUUGCCAACUGGUGGACCCGCUGGUGGACUGCAGAGAACGGCCAGAAAUAAUGUGGGGGUUGGUCGUGGACGUGGAAUCACGGCCACGCGUGGCCGAGCCGUUGGGCUCCGUGGCAACAUCAGCCGUCAGGGGGCCCCUCAAGCGGCGGCGGCGGUGGUGGCGGCGGCGGCGGUGGCAGUUCAGCGGGGGGCCACCGCUCAGGGGGCUCAGGCAGCAACCGGGGGGGUCCGUGGGGUGGGACAAAUGCGUCCCAACGCUCGUGGCACCCAGCACGCCAAGCCGCUACAAAAUUUACCAGUAGUCGGUAAACGUAAAUUCGAUGGAGGUCACCAAAAUCCUGCAGAUAUAAAGCGACGUUACCCGAGCGGUUUAAUCGGAAAUGGCAGUUGGGGCAGUAUACCGUUACCACAACAACCACUGGGCACCAAUGGCGAGCAAUGGUACACAGAUACAUUUCCAAAUUGGGCUUAAAUAAUUAUAAUAAUAUUACAAAAAACACAAACAACAACAACAACAAGCGCAUAUUACAAUAAUAACAACAACUACAACAAUAAAAUGAAAACCACAACAUCCAGUAGCAGUCAUUACAGAAGCGAUUACAUUAGCAAUAAUAACAACAACAACAAAAACUAUAUAAUAAACAAAAUAAAAACAACAACAAUUACUACAACAAUUCUUGACUACAUAUUACAAAUUUUUAAGCCGUAAAUACAAAAAGAUGUAAACAUAUGUAACAACAAUAAUAACAACAACAACGUAAUUGAAAAUUUUAAAUGCAUGUAAAUAAAAAAGUAGCUAAGCAGUUAACCCAUAUAAAAUGCAACAACAACAACAAUGUUGCAUACCAUACAACCAUGAGGAAAAUGCAACAAAUUGUGAGCUCAUAACCCUUGUAAAAACCGAUAGAUAUACUGCAACAACAACAGCAACCAUGCAUUGUACAUAUGUAUGUAUGUACAUAUAUGUAUAUUUACUACAUUUGUAUGCAAAAGUGCAUUAAAAUAUUUACUGCAAAGCAUAUUAGGAGACGUAGGGUGACAGUGAGCCGGUGCAAAUGUUUAAAGUUGCCGAAAAUCUUAUAAAUUUCAACUUUUUAGGAAAUCAAUAUAACAACAGUCAGUACGAGAGUCAAUAAACAGGCAUAAAGCAGAGCAAAUGAAAAAUUACGUAUAAAUAUGUAGGUACUCUCCAUAUAUGUGCAUAUGUAUGUGUGUACAACCAUUUAGUAAAUACAAGAGUUGAGUUUGUCACCCGAAAACAACAACAGACAUACAAACACACUUACAUAAAUAUAUUUGUAUACACGUUGAAUAGCAGACGGUGUUAUUUUAAAUUAAAAAAAUAAUAAUUUAUAUAUACAUACAAUAAUAAAUAAUUAUACAUAAAUGAAAACAAUGAUUCUCCAUUGCGAAAAUUAGUAAAAAUAAAAUUUAAUUAACAAAAAUAAUUAAAAAAAUAGAAAAAGCAUGAACUGUACACAUUUAAAGAUACACGUCCGUAAAUUUCGCAAUUAAUAAGGAAAUUAUGUAAAAAAUGCAUGUGUGAAUGCAUACAUUUUAAAAUAAAAUUAGUAGUCUGAUUCGGCACAGAAGAAAGCAAAAAGAAAAUGAAAAAUAGAUUUGCAAAAACAACCGGUAAACAAUUUUUAACAGCUACUCUUACGUUUUUUCGCUGCUUUGCGCAUUUUAAUUGCAUACACACGCAACAAUAACAACAACAAAACUUUUAAACGCCAUAAAAAAAUAAAAAAAAGUGUAACGAUUUGAAAAAAAAAGCAUUUUAUCAUACAUUACAGCUGCUUGGCAUGCAAAUUCUCAUUUCUUGUAUUAAAACAAUAAAGAGUGAAAUAGUAAAAAAUUCAAAUCUUAUAUUCUAGAGUGCCCAGUUGUCGGCAAAUACAGCUAACGUAUCAUUUUACCGUUAAAAAAAGCCAUUUCGACACGCACUUUUUAUACACUAUUAUAUACGAAAUGCAGACAAGUAUAAACAAAUAGAAAUAUAAAUUUAAACAGAUAAUUUUUAAAGCAAGAACCUCCCAAAAUAUGUAAUGGACACACAAAUUUGUAAAUAUGUUGCCGAAUAAUUAAAACAAGAUUAUGAAAAAUUACAAAAAUAUAUAAGUACAUAUAAGACUAGUAAAACUUUAAAUAAAGCGUCUUAAAUUUGAACACAAACAUAUACGUCUUGAGUGUUGAAUGCAAAUUUGCAAAAAAAAUUAACAAAAAAGAAAUAAAAAUAUUUACUUUGAAAAUUCAAAAAGCAAAGCUUGGCGAAAAAAUGACUGACAAUUGAAAAUUCUUAAAAAUUAUAUAUGAUUAGCAAGUAUGUAUGUAUAUGCAAACUUAUACGAAUAUAAUGGACAAAAAUUAAUAUGAUAAUGCAUAUGUAGUAAAAAUAAAUUACAAAAACAAAAAAAAAACAUUUGCAAUUAUAUGAUGCAAUUUAAGGAAAAUAGCCGACAGCGGGUUAUUUUGUGCCGGAGUGGACGGCAGCAUGUGGCAUUAUUGUGUAAUGUUGACAUGUUGUGUGUAAAAAAAAUAUAAAUAUAAAUUUUUAAACAUAACCGAAAAUACAAAAACACUAAUUGUUUAAAAACAUAUUUUCUGUAUUAAGUUUUGUAGUUUGUGACAACAUUUCGGCAAUUUGUUUGUAUAUUGUAUUAAAAUUUAUUUAAAUAAUUUUUUGUAACUUAACAGAAGUCAAAACAACUAAACUUGUGCGUAAAUAAAAACAAAAUAAUUAUUAUUUUCAAAAGUAUUUUGAAACUAAAUUUCGCAGAUUAAAUUUUUAUAUAAACUUCAGCGCUGCUGAAAAUUUUCAAAAAAAAAUUUAUUUUCUUAAAAAACAUGCAUUAUACAUAUGAAUAUUGUUGGCAAUACAAAAUAAAAUAUUAUCUUAAAGCGAAAAGUUAGGCCUAUUUUUAUUAAAAAAAAAAAAAUAUAGAAAAGUUAGGAAGUGUAGAUAAUAUUCAAAAAUAAAUUACAAUAAUUCAAAGAAAAAGGCGUAAUUAAAAUAAAAAGUGCGUUUGGUGUGUAACGUACAGCAACAAAAUGCAUGCAAACCAAUAAACUGGGUUAAGUGAACCAACAAAAUAUCAUAAAACACGGCAACGAACUAAUUAAACAUCACAUUAUGGUUUUAUAUUUAUGUACUUUUAAUAAAAACAAAAUAAAAAAACGAUUUCCCAUAAGAAAAGCACUAUAAACAAUGAAGACAUGUAGAGCAAAAAUUAAGCUUAACGGUGAAAAAAUCAGUGUCACAUAUUUAUAUAGUAUAAAACAAAAUAAGAAACUUUUAAAAUAUUACAGAAGUAAGCGAAAUCGUAUAAAACUAAUGAAACCUUCAAAGCAACAUAUAAUUCUUAUUGAUACAUAUAUAUGUAUACAAAUAUAUAUGCAUAUACAUUUAUAUGUAUAAAAAUUUCCCUAAAUACAAUUGACUAAUCAAUAAUUAAUAAAAAAUGCGUAAUGCAAAAUCGGAAUUAAAAUAAUUCGCAUAUAUAUAAAAGCAAAUAAACGAUUCAAGUAUCCACAUGCAAUAAAAAACACAACUAACCUAACAUAACCUAGAAUUAUUUAUGCCCCAAGUUACAUAACACACGUUUAAAGUUAUUCAUACAUAAACGCUCUUAAAUAAAUAGCAAAAAGUGAAAUAGUGAAGAAAAUCAAUUGAUGAACACGUUCGCCACAAACACAUUUUGGUAGCAGUCAACCAAUAAUACAGGGUAUCUAGUGUUCCAUUGUUUGAAAGAAAGAGCAGUGUGACAGAAAGAGAGAGGAGCGAAACAAUUAAAAACAUUAUUUGCUAUUUCCGCAGUUUGUUUUCAUAUUAUUAUGCGUAAAGUAAAAAUGGAGCGCAGUGGCAAGAGAGAUUGGAAAUUUUCCAAACUGAAAAGGCUUCUUAAAUUUUUCAACCGAUUCAAAAAAAAAUAGCUGAAGUUAAUAAACACAACAUGAAACAACAGUUGGUAAAAAUAAAAAAAAAACCUUUAAAAAGCAAUAAUUUUCAAAAAUGUUUACAAUUUCGAAAAAUCGAAAAUACUUUUUGGCAUUUUAAUUUCCACUUGAUCCUAGCUAAAAUUUUUUUUAUUAAUGAGAAUGUUUUUACUUUUCAUAAUUGUAUAAGAUUUCUAUAAAACAGAAAUAGGCAAUUCAUCUUCUAAACAAACAAAAACUAUAAAUUCAAAGUAAACAUUUUUAAAUAAUCUGAUAAGAAAUUAUAAAAAUUUGAACUUAAAACAUAAAUUCUAUCAUAAAAAAACUGUUUGCCUGUAAGCGCAUCCAUACUUGCUUUUCAAAAGCUGUAAUAAAAAGAGUGAGCCUUGUAGCCUACGCAACCCUGCUGCAUUUCCGUACUAAAGAAAAACGAUUCAUUGAUCAAAGAGUAAAGGGGAAAUUAUUUAAAAAAAUAUAUAUAUUUAAUUCAACAUACACUUUUGCACACUUUUUUUAAACCUUUUACCAUUUCACUAUUAGUUUUAUCUAUAAAAAUAUAUUACACACUUAAAAUAAAUUUCCACAAUAUUUUUUUUUCAAUAAAACUUCAAUUAUAAGUAAUAAAAAAUACACGUACGCACAUAUUAACUAAAAAAUGUAAACACACACCAUAUAUACAAUGCAGAUUCUUUAAAAAUUUAAAAAAAAAUUCAUAAUUUUACGUAUGCCUGCCCCAGAAAAACCGCGUGAAAAAUUAAACAAUAAAACUAAAUUACUAUUAUCACUUUAUACAAAUGAGAAAGAAAUAAGAAGAAUUUUGGCAUGUACUACAUUAAAAACUAAAACAUUAUUGGUGACUUUAAAGCAUAUAUGUAUAUGUAUGUAAAACCAUUUCUACAUUAAAAAAAAAAAACGAAUUGCAAAUAUUUUGUAUUUUUACUAUAAACUAAUGUUUUAUUUUAUAUAGUCUAACACCUUUUUGUUUUAUAAUUAGCACUUAAAUUUAAACUUGCAUAAAAUGAAAUUGUACUGAUUUAUGUUAUAUGUAUGUAUUUUAAGUUAUAUUGUUAAACAAAAAAUAAAAAUAUAUUAAAAUAUAUUUGAGUACACUUUAAAACUAUAUUUAAUCAAACAAUAAACCACUGUACAUUAUCAUAUCUGAGUGUAUAUUUAGCAAUAAAAUUUAUUAUUAAUUGAUAAUAUUCAAAAUUGUUUAAAUAUUUUAUAACUUCUUUCACAUUUUUUCGUCGUUUUAAAAAUUUUUAGCAGUGCUAAUUCAAAAAUGUUAUUUUGUCACUAAAAUUUACUUAUUGUAUUUUCAACUAUUUUUUAAAAUUUUAUUAAAAAAUUAGUGUUAAAUGAAAUUAAUUUGAAAAUGUUAAUUUUUUGUUUUGAACUUGUCUAAUUUUUGUUUCGUGAAUUUAUAACUGUUUUAAUUGUAACCAUGUUAUGUUUAAUUUGUAUUUUUGGGAUCGGGUAAGCAAAUUGUUUGGCAAAUAAUUUAUACAGAUUUAAUUGUUCAGUGGUUUAAAUAACGCUUUGGCUUUCUUUUUAAUUUUUCGUUUUGACAAACUACAAAAAUUAUGUGUUUUAAAAUUUCAAACAUUUAUAUUUUUUUCACGUGAUUUUCGUUUUGUUGUAGCAAAAUAUAUUUACUAUAUAUCUUAUUUUAUAAAAUUACUAAACAUAUGAAUAACACUCAUUUGAUUAUUGUAACAUUUUUUAUGUAGUGCUAAAAAGAAAAUUUGUUUUAGUGCAUAAAUCUAAAUUUUAAUAACACAUAUAUAUAUAUUUUGCUUAUACACAUGCCGUGUGUAUAUUAAAUUUAAGCAAUGUGUUAAAAUUACAAAUAUAAUUAACUAAUUGUAUUUUAAAUGGAGUAAAAAAAAAAACAAAAAAUGUAUGAAUAUAAAAAUAUAUUGUGCGAACAUAAAAUGAAUGUUUUGAUAAAAAAACAAUAACAAAAACAUAAAUAAUAUGAUAUAAGAAAAAUGUGAUCGCAAAAGUAGUAACGGAAUCGUUGAGUUAGAAGAAAUGGCAUAUACAUACAGACAUAUUUUAAGUAACUACAUAUUUAAUAAAAAAAAAAGUGGCGCAACGUAAUGCUAAAUAAGAUGCAACAGCAUUCACGUAAUUUCUGAACAAGAAAAAAAAACAGACUGCGAACUUUAAGGUAGAUUUUUGUUGUGUAAAUCAUUAAGUUUUAAUUGGCAAAUAAAGUAAUAAAAUAAAUAAAGAAUGAAAAAUAAAUACAAAAACAAAUGUCUUAUUGGCAAAGUUAGUUUUUUCUAAAUUAGUUAGGUUGCAUAUACUUUUAUCAUUUCUAUAAUUUCAUGGCGCUGUGGGUAGUGGUUUGGGUAUAAAAUAUGUAUGUACAUAUAUGGUAGUUAACGUAACCUUUCAUAUAUUCACUCAAAACAAUUGUAUGAAAUUUUCUACAAGCCACAUUCGUUCGUCAAGAAUUUAAAUAUACAAAGGUAUUUAUCUACUUUUA